AUGGAUAUGGAAUCGGAACAAUGGGAAGUUGUUGCGAACAAGGAAUUCGAAUGGUCAGGGCUGUUUGUCAUUCUCAUUUUGGAUACCAUAUCAUGUCAUGGAGAUGUUCAGAAAUCAAUGGGCAGACGCCGUAUGUCAGAAACGAAUUUGAAUGCUUCUAUGAGCUCAAUUGUAACGAUGAGCAAGAACCCAAAAUGGCAAAGCGAAUCAGAUAACAUUGAGAAAUAUGCUGAAGUAGAUGGAUAA